AAUAAAGAGUACAAUUAUUUACCUUAAAAAGAAGAAUUUGGGAACCUCUUUAAAUUAAUGCAAAACCUCAUCUCUUGUCUUUCUGUCUCUGAAACAGUCAACCUCAUUCGUCUCAAACUCACUCAUUCCUCUCUCUCUCUCUCUCUUUCUCUCUUCCAUGGACGAAACCAAUGGACGAAGAGAAACUCACGAUUUCAUGAACGUCAACGUUGAAUCUUUCUCUCAGCUUCCUUUCAUCCGCCGUACUCCGCCCAAAGAAAAAGCAGCCAUUAUCCGUCUCUUCGGCCAAGAGCUCGUCGGAGAUAACUCCGAGAACUUAUCUGCAGAUUCUUCUGAUCUAACGUCUACAAAGAACGAUGAGAGCUCUGAGAAUACCAAGGACAAGGACAAAGACCGAGACAAAGAAAAGGACAAGAACAACAACAACAGCAACAACAACAACAACAGGAGAUUCGAGUGUCACUACUGCUUCAGAAACUUCCCUACUUCUCAAGCCCUAGGUGGACACCAAAACGCUCACAAACGAGAACGUCAACACGCCAAACGUGGUUCCAUGACAUCAUACCUUCACCAUCAUCAUCAGCCUGACCCUCACCACGUCUACGGCUUCCUCAACAGCCACCACCACCGUCACUAUCCCUCGUGGACGACGGAACCUAGAUACUACGGUGGAGGACGACAUCAUACAUCGCCGUAUUUUUCAAGGAGUACUCUUCCUCCUCCUCCUCCUUCUAACCCACCGACAAUAAACGGAAGUCCAUUAGGUUUGUGGCGUGUACCGCCUUCCACGUCAACAAACACUAUUCAUGGCGUUUACUCAUCUUCACCAGCUUCAGCGUUUAGGACGCAUGAGCAAGAGACUAAGGAGCCUAACUGGCCGUAUAGUUUGAUGAAACCCAAUGUACAAGAACAUGUGAGUCUCGAUCUUCAUCUUUGACAUUUUCUUCUUUUCCUUUUUUUUUAAACUUAUAGCCGUGAUGAGACCCGCUCGAUCAAUGAAGCCAAUUCUUUUGAGAGUGUUGGAGAAAACAAGAACCGGCAUGAUGUGUAGAUCUUGAACCUUUUCGAGGCUUUCACAUUCUGAGUUUAUAAUAAUAAAAGAAAUAAAUAUUUUGGUUAAGUAGUAAAAUAUAUGUUCAUCCGUUUUCCUCUCUCACGUGUGUGUGAAUGUCUGAUACAAUUAUCAUUUUUUUUUGUUUUUUUUCAUCUGUUCAUUUCUGAGUUCUGUUAUGGCUUCAAGACUCUCUAUAUCUUUCAGAGAAAGAGGAAGAUACAUUAAUUAAGGGCCAUGGAAGUCACACGUACUUUCUCUGUUGUUGCAGUCGAGAGAAAAAUCUUUUAAGUCAAAUUGUGUCUCUUUAACCAUUAAAAACCCAAGAAGCCUCUUUAGAUGCAAAUGCUUAGGGUCUCUGUCUAACUAAACGGUCUUUUACCGAAUCAAGAGGCAACGAAGAAAGCUCAAAGGAUGGGUAAAUGCAGAUGUUGAUGAUGAUUCGGUGACUGUGGGGAUCACUCAAGACAAUGGACAAGACAAAAGGGGGGAGAGAGAGAGUUGAGAGUUGAGAAGUGAAAGUGGUCCAUGAUUACAAAUGUAGAGUUAGCCAAAGAGAGCUUUCACAUCUUUCUCAAACACACAGAACCUAAAGCUAAAGCUUUUCCUCAAAAGCUUUCUUCUUUAGUUUCUUUUCAAACCUUUUUUGGCCAAUUCAAAGAGAAUCAUCAACGACAAGCUGUUUACCAUAUUUACUAGUUCAUUUCUCUACCCAUAUACUAUGAUCAUCAAUACAAAUGGACUUGAAAAGAAAGGAAAAGAAAAAAACUUAGCUAGAAUCAGCCGCACAUGGCCAUG